AUGGCCACGCGACUCAGCCCCCGAAAUUCGGAGGUGAACGCUCUUGAGCAGCGGGGCUAUCUGAUUGGCAAAAAGAUCGGACAGGGCUCGUACGCUACCGUGCAUCUUGCCGAAUACGUCGACGGGUCGAGUUCGAAGAAACUGCGACUCGCGUGCAAGAUAUUCGACAAGACGAAAGCGCCCCGCGAUUUCCUGAAUAAGUUCUUCCCCCGCGAACUCGAGAUCCUCACCAAGAUCGAAAAUCCUCAUAUCAUCCAAGUGCACAGCAUAUUGCAGCGUGGCCCGAGAGUGUUCAUCUUCAUGCGUUACGCGGAUAAUGGCGACCUGCUCGAGUUCGUGCAGAGGAACGGCGUGGUACCGGAGCAGCAAUCGAAGCUCUGGUUCAGGCAGAUGGCGUCUGGCCUCCAUUAUCUGCACGGGAAGAACAUCGCCCAUCGCGAUCUCAAGUGCGAGAACAUUCUCCUCUCGCGGAAGUUCAACGUGAAGCUCGCGGAUUUCGGUUUCGCGAGGUUCUGCGUGGAUCAGGACGGCAGGCGUGUCCUGAGCAAGACUUACUGCGGCUCCGCGGCGUACGCUGCGCCGGAAGUCGUCUCCGGGACCCCGUACAAUCCGAAACUGGCGGACGUCUGGUCCCUGGGCAUCAUUCUGUUCAUCAUGUUGAACGCGACGAUGCCGUUCGACGACGAAAACCCGAAGACGCUGCUGAAGGACCAGAUGUCCAGGAACUGGAUGUUCCGAUCGCGAGUCAGGGAAACAGUGUCGGCGUUGGCCAAGAAUAUUGUCAAGCAUAUCUUGGAGCCGGACAUCACCUUGAGGCUCACGUUGGAGAGGGUCCUGUGUCACGAAUGGGUCCGAACUAAGAAAGAGAAACCGACCUCCCUUUCCGGACGACUCGUGCACUCGGCGCCGCCCAUACAUUCGCAGGUAUGCGGAGCCGGAGGAAAUUUGGUUGGAGCAGGAGCCGCGGGGGGCUGUCACGUGCCCGUGGUUCUUAGAGGACUGCCUUCGUUGAAGAACUCCGAGAACCGCGGCCAAGGUAGCGCGGUUAAAUCCACGGACAACCAGGGAAAGAACGCGCAGCUGUCCGCCGUCGAAUGA